GAUUUAUUUUAUGUCAGAUCUAAGUGUUUAAAAAGUGAGUGUAUAAUGCAACCAUAAUCCUUCAGAAUUCAAUCUUGCAUUAACCUUUUGCUUAACAAAAAUCAAUCCAUAACCAAAGCACAAUCUAAAAAUACAUAGAUUAAACAUUGUCGCUUUCAGGGUUCCUUUUUUCCAGUAGCACCAAAGCUAAAGGGCAUAGCUGUCGUCUUGGUGUGGCUGUUUCAGGUACCAAAGGAUGCCGGGCACAAGGACAGAGAGUGCUUUUUACCUUCAUUCACUCAAGGGUGACCUCCCCUAAGCACUCACUGCUCAGCGUGCCAAUCUCCACCCGUUCCUAAAAGGCAGUUGACGCGAGCCAUCACUUGUGCGUGCCAUCUGACCGAUGGUGCAAUAAUCCAGCCGGAGCCGAGCCCCCAAAUCGACAUCUGCCAGGGAAAUCCUACUAUAGGGAGAGUGAUGGGCGCCGGCAAAAACCCGGGACUGGGAAUCGGUUAACAACAACAACAAGACUGGGCCCGGCCCCAAGUCGCGCUUCCGCCCAGGUCACGUGCCCGCGCCGGCAGUGUCCCCGCUUUCCCCUCCGGCGCGGCCCGCAGCUCUAGCAUUUUCGGUCCUGCCUGUUGGCCGUCGGCUUCGGCUCCCGAGCGCCCCGCGCCCGCCGACCAUGCCCGCGGGCGUGUCCUGGACCACCUACCUGAAAAUGGUCACUGCCAGCCUCCUAGCCAUGUUCGCUGGGGCCCAAGUGGUGCACAGGUACUACCGGCCGGACCUGACAAUACCCGAUAUUCCACCAAAGCCUGGAGAACUCAAAACAGAGCUGUUGGGACUGAAAGAGACACAACACAAACCUCAAGUUUCUCAGCAGUAGAAACCUCGAACUACAACUCUGCCAAGAACUCUGUGAACAAUAUUAUAUGUCUUAAAUAUAUAUUUUUGAAAUUUCUUGAGUCAAAUUACUUGUCCUUAAGCACCUAAUAGAAUGCUAACUACAAGAGCAGGUGCUCAGUAGAUAUUAAGUAAUGCAUUGAGAUUUAUUUAUGGUUUGACCAAUGUUUCUUGAAAACUACCAAAGCUUAUAUAUCGUCAGCUUCUUGAAUAUGGUUUGAUAGACAUUUAGUUGAGACUCAUGUGAGAUAGGAGUAUUUGCAAUGACCCCUGCCCUUAUAAUUCUAGAUUAUUUCUUUGAAUAAGCUUGACUAUAACAGCAAAUAGGAAUUAUAAAUGAACUAUAAUAAAAGUGACAUUGACAUGAGUGCUUAUGGUGCUAAGUUAAUGUUUCUCCAAAUAUCGGAAACUAUUAUUUGUUAAUUAAGUUAACAAAUUAAGUUGAAGUUGAAAUAUUUUAAGUUUGAAGUUGGAAUUAUGUACAUAACAAAAUUAUAACAAUUGUGACUUCGACUAUCACAAUUUCUUUACCCUCAGUUUGAUAAACCUUGUUAGCAUUUAAUUUUUCUUAUAAAAUAUAUUUAAAGGUAAUGGAAAAACUUAAA